AUGUCUUGUUCAGCUAGCAAAAAUCUCAAUCACACAGAUCAUCAUGACAUCUCCAAACCUCUUGAAGCUGCUUCAGAUAAUCAGUGGCCGUAUCUACAAGAGAUCAGUGGCAGUAUAUUACUUCCUUUGGAGAAUCAUGGAACCUGCAGUGGCAACUCAAGUCUGGGAAGUUUUAAUCCCCAUGGAACAAAUUCAUCAUUGACCAAAGCUUCAAUUCCAAACACAUUCAACUACCAUACAGAUUGCACUUCAUCUAUGGUCCCUCUGAAAGUUUCAGAUAAUCUAUGCUCAGCUAUCCAUGAAAGCAGCAACUCGGUACAAGUCAGCGAUUAUGAUAAAUUUUUUGGAGAUUUGAAUCCAAGCAAUAUUUGUGUUGAAGAAGAAUAUUUUUCAGCACUGGCCAAGUAUAGAAUCAGUGAAGAAUUUCCAGAAAACAGAUUCAAUCAUCAGAGUGGAGGUGAUAAAACUAGCUGUGAGUUCGAUCCGGUUAUGCUUCUUUACGAGCAAGAAAAUCCUGCUGGACUACCGAAAGAAGACACAAGGGAUGGAGGAUUAAUGGAGAGCAAUGCCAACAACUAUCAAAGGGAGACUAAUUUAUCCUGCCCUCUUGAAUCUUCCGAUGAAAUGGAGCCAAUUAUGCAGGAAAGCCGCAAGUCAGUCCCUGUUGAGGAAGAAAAUCAAUCACCGGCUGCUUCCAGCAAAUGGGGAAAGAGACUCGGGAAGGGGGAGAAAAACCAAUUUAGGUUCAAACUGAAAAUGGACAAAAUGGUGUUGCAACCCAAUAUCGAAGGAGGGUCAACAUCAAAGAAACAACAACAUAAUGCUAAAGAGAAAGUACGAAGAAUGAAGCUCAAUGCUUCCUACUCGGCUCUUGCUUCAUUGCUCCCGAAAUCUCAAAGAUCAAAGAUCCCGCAGAAGAAAUGGAGUGCCCCAGGCAUAAUCGAUAAAGUGGUUAAAUACAUUCCAGAGCUGGAGAGUGAAAUAGAACAACUGAAUUUCAAGAAGAAUACCAUGUUAUCAAAGAUUGAGGACAGGAAACCUAUUGAUCAGCAAGACCUAAGCACGGAAGAACGUCAAACUCCCACAAUUUUAAUCCAUGAAGUUAGACAAGGAGAAGUGAUUAUACAGUUCUGCUUACAGAGGGAUAAAGAAAACGCAGCUGUGUCAAAUCUUUUUCGAAAUCUAGAAGAACAAAGCAUGAGCAUUGUAAGCGCUUCAUCAAGUAAUGUCUGUGAAGAGAGAAUCUGCUACAAUUUGCAUAUAAGACAGAUGGAUGGAAAUCCACUUGGAGCUGAUUAUCUAGAAACUUUAAGAAAGGAGGUAAUUUGUUGGCUCAACUAG